AAAUAAGCAAAUUGAGUGUCCUUUGUUUUUCGCCACCAACUCUUGGCGAGCAAAAACAGCAACCAUCGUUGUCGUGGUUUUCAUAGGUCUAUUUACUUCACUAGCAAUUGUUGUUUAUGGAAGGCACAAGUUUUACUCUCCCUGAAGUUCGAAUGAUUGGAAGGACUGUGUUUCUGUUAGAAGGCUACCAUGACAAAGGAAAUCUAUUAGAAUUUAUUGCUUUUUGUGCUCGAGUUUCCAAUCCAGAAAAUCAGAAAAGAGGUGAAAAUAACGAACGUCUAGUUCGUUAUCUGUUGAAAAAUGGCCAUUGGAGCCCUUUUGAAAUGGUUCAUCUCGUCUUUGAAAUUUCCACAACUCGAGAAGUGUCGAGACAAAUUCUCCGCCAUCGAUCCUUUUCCUUUCAAGAACAUUCUCAACGGUAUGCCUCUCCCUUGGUGAAGUCAAGGGUUCAAUCGACGGUUAACAGGCAAGGUUCCGAUGUGAAACUGUCGGUUAGCCAUGAAGUAGAACAAAAAUGGCUGUUUUAUCAGAACGCAGUUCGUGAUUUGGCGGAAAACUGCUAUUCUUGGGCGGUUAAUAACAAUAUCGCCAAGGAAGUUGCUCGGAAAGUGCUCCCCGAAGGUCUUACUGUGACCAAACUUUACAUGGCAGGUACUCUCCGAAGCUUCAUUCACUAUGUCCAGCUAAGAACGCAACGAGACACUCAACCUGAACACCGAGAAGUAGCAAAAAAAAUAAGGGCGAUUAUUGAAAAAGACCUUGGGUUUCCAUUUUCUAUUCUUCUUGAAGAUAGUCCGAAAUAAACACUUUCUUUUGUGUUUUCUU